CUGAUUAUCGUUUGCCAUAUUUUAAUUUUUAUUUUAACCAUAUUAUAGUGUUGUUUUGAGUCGACAUAUUUUACGAUUUUUCCAAAUUUUAGUGUGUUCGUGAAUUGUGAUUUGUGACAAUAAGUUACUGAUAGUUGAACUCCAAAAACAUUAACCCAUCACCUCAACUUUCAGAAUACGUUUCUUACGAUCGUCUUUGCAAAAUGUCAGAAAAUUCAUCUCGAUCUUCGAAUUCUCCUAAAAAAGGCGAGAAAGGUGAAAAUGGCGAAAAAGGUGAAAAAGGCGAGGCACGUGAGCAAGUGAGAGACCGUUUCAGCCAUAGACGGGACAGAAAGGCAAAGGGUACUAAAAAACCUCUACCCACCGAAAAAGAUCAUGCACAAUUUAAGACUGUCAUUAAUAAAGUAGAAGGAAGAGUACCCUUACCGUCUUUAUUUAGUAAUAUACGUCCACCAGCUCCUAAUGUAGAGACAAGAGAUUCCUCUAGCUCGUCUUCAGCAAGUACCUUUCCAACUCCGCGGAUAGAAAGGCAAUAUAGAGAAUGUGAAAUAAGUCCUUCAGGGUGGUAUUUAGAAGCGAAUUUAGCUCUGGCCAAAAUGGUAAUAGAAGAUAAGAAACGAGCGAAAAAAGCUAAACAGCGCCAGAAAAAGGAGGAAGAACGGUUAAUAGCUGAGGAGGAACAAAGAGAACGUGAUGAAGAAAAUGAAAUAAAGCAAGAAGAGAAAGAAAAAGAAUUGGCAAGAAGGCAGGAAGAGAUGCUCAAGUCCAGGGAGAAAGCUUUGGCAGCUCAACAGGCCAUUAAAGAACAAAAAAAGAGGUCAAAAAAAGAAAGACAAGCUGAGAAUAAACGACAACUUCAACAGCAAAAGCUUGAGGAAGAAAGGAAGGAGGAAGAAAGGAAGAGAACUGUUGAAGAAACUAUACCAGCUAUGGUGACGAUAAAAAGGGUCGCUGAGAGUGAAGGUAAUGCAACAGUUACCAUAACCUUAAAAGGUUCAACUCCUGAAGAAGAUAAACUUCUUGACAAACUGCUCAAUGGACCUGAUGAUAAAGGAAACAAAGCUGUAGAAAACCCAGAACCGAGCAAGGGUUCUAAAAAGAAAAAGAAGCAAAAGCAGCCAGUUGGAGCAGCGAAACUCCCCGAACCAUCUCCACAAGUUGUUCCAAAGGAACCUAAGGUAAUCGUCGCAUUAGAUGCCAGCACCAAGCCUGGUAUUGUAUCGAAUAUCGAUAGACCAAUUUCAGUUAGAAAUACGCAGGCAGCAAAUGUAGAGAAGGAAAAAUGUCCGUCAGCAAAUAUUUCCAAACCAGGUGUUGCUAAGACUGAAAAACAAUAUGUUGGUAAAGGUGCAAAGAAAAAGACGAAACAGGGGAAUACAACUAAUAAAAAAGGAAAAGAUACAAAGGUUGCUACUGCAUCACCGGAGAAAAUGGUAACUUUAAAGAAUCCUACGUUUGCUUCGUUUCAACAACCAAGUGCUAAACUGAUCCUUGAUAAAAAUGCAGCAGAAAGCGAAUCUGCUACAAUGUUUACCAACGAGGAUGGCAGGAUUACAAUAAGAAGAUCUGAUUUGAAUCAACAACCUCCAAGUAGAGCUGGAGCUUCGACAAUAAUCCCAAAGCAGAUGUUAUUAGAACAGGCCGCAGCCUUUAGUAAUACCCAGAUGGAAGACACACUAUCAGAUACAGCUCGUGCUUUAUAUGUUAAAGAAAGGCUUUCUCGUUUGCCAGGGAUUGAAUUCACUAAGAAUAGUCUCCAAUCUAUAGAUGAAUUUCUACUGGCAGACCAGGAUAUGAAUAAUAGUGUAGUUUUGAGUGCUCAAGUACUUGAGAUAAUAAAUUCGCUGUUAAAAUCACAACAAAAGACAGUUGGUACAAAUAUUGACAUUCAGAAAGUACUUGAAUAUAUAAGUGCUGCUAAGACAGAUAGCAUGUUUUUGCCGAUGGAAACCAUUGCUGAAGAUUUGGACUCAGAAGAAUCGGAAGUUGAAGCUUUCAAGCGUUUCUGCUUAGAAUCAGUCCCUAAGGAAACUAAGGAAAAAGCGGAACAUUUAAACGUUUCUGACAAAGUUUUUAAGAAAAAGAAGUGAUUGUUAUUGACUUAUUUCUUUGUGAGUGUUUAAGUAUUUUACUUAAAUUCUUUUAUUGACUGAAAUUGUAUUCAAUUUUAUGAUUGUGGAUAUUCAUUUUAUUCGAAUUACAUUUGACAGAUGCUGAAAGAA